AUUAAUAGGGAGAUGAUAAAUGAUAGCUACUUUGGUGGAUUUAUACUCCUUGGAUUUCCAGGGCAGCCUCAACUGGAGAUGAUCAUCUCUGGGGUUGUCUUUUUCUUCUACACUAUUGCCUUGAUGGGAAAUAUCGCCAUCAUUGCGCUGCCAUUACUAGAUGAACGUCUCCAAACUCCCAUGUACUUCUUCCUUAGAAGUUUGGCCAUUUUGGAUCUCUGUUAUACCUCAAAUAUAGUCCCACAAAUGUUGGUCAACGUUUGGGGUAAAGACAAAAAAAUCUCCUUUGGUGGCUGUGCCUCUCAACUUUUCAUCGAUGUGACAUUAUGCACAGUUGAAUGCAUGCUUCUGGCUGUGAUGUCUUAUGACCGAUUCAAUGCUGUCUGCAAGCCUCUACACUAUAUGACCAUAAUGAACCCCCAACUCUGUGGAGGCCUGGUGGCCAUGACCUGGGUAAUUGGUAUCAUUAAUUGCAUGAUACUGUCUCCCUAUGCUAUGAGUCUUCCUCGAUGUGGGAACCACCACCUGGAUCACUAUUUUUGUGAAAUAUCUGCAAUGGUCAAAAUUGCAUGUGUGGACACAACAGCCAUGGAAGAAACCGUAUUUGCAUUGUGUUUUUUUAUUUUCCUCACACCACUUCUUCUCGUUCUGGUUUCAUAUGGCUUCAUUGCUGUAGCUGUGCUCAAGAUCAAGUCUGCGACAGGAAGGCAAAAAGCAUUUGGGACCUGUUCCUCUCACCUCAUUGUGGUAUCCAUCUUCUAUGGGACUGUUAUCUACAUGUACAUCCAGCCAGGAAACAGUCCAAAUCAGGAUGAGGGUAAACUUCUCAGUGUCUUUUAUUCCAUUGUUACUCCCGCUUGA